AUGGAAUUGACACGAGGCCAGCAGUUGCAGCAGUCAACAAUGAGCGCACCAAGUGAUGCAGAGAACAACGAGCGAGGCGUGAAGAUGCUGCGCCGAGGGGUGAGAGGCGUGGAGGGGGUGAGAGGCGUGGAAGGAGUGAGAGAGGCCGUGGGGGUGGUUGGAGCGGGGGUAAGGGCGGAGGAAGAGGGGGAAGAUAAGGCGGGGGAGUGA